GUUUUUAAAUUUUGGUUUUGGAAACAAAUAAUGAAGAAAACAGUUGUUGUUGGGUUUUUUUUUUUUCGUUUUCUUUUCUUUUUUUGUUUUUAUAUUGAAAAACAAAUGAACGAACGACACACAGAUUCAUAGAGACACUUUCAGUUUCGAUGUACUGGGAGUCUGGGUCUGUGAGACACAUCAGACCCUCAAACGCGUCUUUCCACAGACCUGGCCCCGGACUCGGCCCCGGACUCGGCCCCGGACUCCCGGACUCCGGACUCGGCCGCGUCUCUGACACCACAUGACCAGUGUGUCCUGCCCAAACCCCCACAGUCCUGUGUCCAGACUGCAGCACGCGCCAGUGUAGGCAUCUGGCAUAAAACCUGCCACACAGUCCGGUGAACGAUGGAGCCCAAGGAGCUGCAGGUGGAGUUGCAGGUGGAGCUGCUGAUGGGGCAGAUGCAGCGGUGGAUGAAGCAGAGGAAGGACUGCAACUCCAAACUUCGCGCCCUCAGCCUGGAGACGAGGAGGUGGGAGCGCUGGGAGAUCCUCGGCAAACGUGGGGCGACGGUGGGCCUGGUCCUGCUGGCGGUGGUCUUCUUUGGCUACGUGUCCGCUUAUAUCUUCAGCGUGUUGGGGUUCGUCUUCAUCAGCCUGGGGGCCUUACUCGAGAUCACGAAGAGGUUCCAUACCGGCGAGCUGAGGAAGGCGACCGAAGACAGCGUUGGCUCCUCUGAGGUCACCCUUUCUAGGAUCCGUGAGAACUUUGAAUUUUUGAGGAGGUGCCUACGUGAAGAUCUAGAAGAGGAUGAAGGAGAAGAGGAGGAAAGAGCAGCUGUAAUCGAAGAGAUCCUUUCCUACUUUGCCAAAGACGUAGGCUUCAAUGUCGAUGACCUGGACUUUAGCGCUAUUAUCGAGAGUUACUCCUCUUCUUCAGACACGCCUUCCUCCUCCUCCUCCAGGCCCUCCUUUCUUCAACGUUGCGUUCUGAAGAUUCUGAAGAUUUUGGGUCUAUUGGACGGGAUGAAUUUAAAAGCUCCAGUCAAAACAUCAGGAAAAAGAGCGACGCACCGAUCGUACAACAUUUCCCCGAGCUUCAGAGCGAGUAAUCGUGGACAGGAUGUAACUUCAUGUGUUGACAGCCGAUCACAGAGAAACAAGGCCAAUGUGAUCCAGAAGGACGUGGACGAUCUUCAGAAGGCAAUGCAGGACAUCAGCUCUGCGCUGGAGGAGCUGAAGGAUGUGCUCGAGUGCAUAGAGGACCCCGGCUGUGUCUGCAGGAGGACCAAACUUCUGAACUACGCUCAGAGGCACUGUCGCGACCCUGACGUAAAGGAGUGGCUCCAGGAGGGGGCGCAGUCCGAGCACUUCCUCCACCUGAUUGACGUCUUCUAUCACUUGAAGUCGGCGCUUCAGAGAGAGAAGAAGAAGAGGAGAAGGAAGGACCCGCGCAGACUGAUCGACGUGGUGUUUGUGGCUCACGGGUGGAUCUCGGACUCCCUCAUGUUCUCCAACCUGCUCCUGCCCCUGCCCUCCCUGCAGGAGGUCGUGCUGUAUGAGCCCUGGAACUGCGUCAUCGACGCCACCGCGGCCUACGGCAUCGCAACAGGCUAUAUCGAGCCGAAGCACAGGAGUUUCGUGUGUUGGGGUGGAUGCCAGUAUCGAGGUUUUGUCCACGAGCAUUACCCCGAUGGUCUGCCUGCGGACUGGAACCACCUCCGGGCCUCGAGAGGAGAGCCGAUCCCUGAGAUCUGGGUGGAGACGCUCAGACGCCCCGUAGACCCUGCGUGGGGCUGCUUCAAGAUCCUGAGAAGUCACUGCAAGAUCCGUCACGAGCGUGUGGUGGUCCCCUUCAUCCUGCCGGGACACAAAGAACUCAAGAUGCCCUUCACCGUGGUGACCCUGGCGCUGUCUCUGGCUCUGCUCUUCACCAGGCUGAAGGCGCGGCUCCACCUGGCGGCCUGUCUGGGUCGUGACAAGCCUUUGCUGGAGCUGGACAGGCUCUUGCUGCAGGCUCAGUACUGCUACACUCUGGACCACACCAUGAUGAGAUGCACGCCCCUCGCCAGAUUUUCUGAAGAGAACCUGGAGCUGUUCAACCUCCUCAGGGGCGUUUUUACAGAAGAUCACCGUUUGAGUAGAAAUCUGUUUUACGGCGAUGACAACUGCUCCUGCUCUUAAUAAUGCUCAUGCUACUUUUAUAGAAAUACACUGAGGUCUCUCAAAUCUGGUUAGAAGAUGCCAGCAGCUGUUUAUCAAAAAUAUUUUUAGCUUAAUUAUUUGUGAUACUUCUACUUUUUAAACAUUUUAAAGCUACUGUCAGUUUAGUAUUUGAUUUUGUCAGAUGUGAAACCUGACUUCUCCCCUCACCUGGCUCCUCCUCUCAC